CAUGAAGCCCUUGGUAAUCAAGGAAGCAAUGAUAUAAUCCGUCAGAAAGAUCUUACCGAAUCGUUCCGCUCAGGAUUUCCUUAUGGUUCCAAAAUAUCGAUGGCACUUAACUUGUGCAACGUUAAGAUCGAUGGGUGGAGCCUCACCUUGACUUUGUAAACAUACCGGUUGCAAUAACCAAUGAUUAAUACCUGUUCGAAGAUACACGUAUAAAAGCGAAAGCAAGUGCUCCGAAAAAGUAUUCUGACAAGAACACUCAUACAAACAUGUACGCCAAGAUCGUAGUUGUGCUGUGCGCCGCGGGCAUCGCCUCCGCCGGCAACCUGCUGCACGCCGCGGCUCCCGUAGCGUACGCCUCACCCGUUUCCUCGGUGUCAUACGCCACGCACACGGCGCACGGCGCCCCCGUCGCCACGUACGCUGCUACUCCCGUCGCAUCAUACGCCACGGCUCCCGUGGCGUCAUACGCCGCCGCCCCCGUUGCCACCUACGCCGCCGCCCCCGUUGCCACCUACGCCGCCGCCCCCGUCGUCAAAUCUGUCGCUCCUGCCGUCUCCUAUCAGAGCAUCUCUACCCACUCCGCUCCUGCGUACGCCGCUCCCGCGUACGCCGCUUCCGCGUACGCCGCUCCCGCGUACGCCGCCCCCGCUGUAGCGACUUACGCCGCCGCCCCAGUUGUACACAAGACCAUCACUCCUGUGUCCACUUAUGCCGCUGCCCCGGUUGUACACAAGACCAUCGCCGCGCCCGCUUACUCUGCUUACCACUCUGCCCCCGUGGCUUACGCUCCCGCUCCCGCCGUGCACGCCUACCAGGCUGCCCCCGUAGCCACUUACGCCGCCGCCGCUCCCUUAGUCAAGACCGCUGUCACCUACUCCGCAGCCCCGGCUGUCUCCCAUGUCUCUUACUCCAGUGCCUACGGUAACUACGGCUGGUAAACUAAGUUAAAACUGUUUACGUUUUAAUACCUAUUUAUUUUUUCAGUUUUAUACCGCCUGUAAAUAUGCAAAUAUAAAAAG